AUGCCCCGCACCGACGAGGCCGAGGCCUUCUUCCACGCCGUAUACACCGCCGUCCAGGAGAUCCCCGCCGGCAAGGUGACGACCUACGGCCACAUCGCCAGGCUUAUCGGGACCCCCGAACGGCCCCGCCAGGUCGGCAUCUGCCUCAAACACCUCCCCACCGACCCGGCCUCGCGCUUCAACAACGAGACCGUCCCGUGGCAGCGCGUCAUCAACGCAAAGGGCACAAUCUCGCCGCGCUCCCAACCCUCCGGCGCCCGAAGCCAGGCCGCCGCUCUCGAGGCCGAGGACGUCGAGGUCUCACAAACGGCCAUGGGCGAGUUCCAGGUGGACUUCAAGACUUAUGGCUGGUUUCCUGAAACCCUCCCCUCUAAGCAGGGUCAGGGGCAGUGAUAGGCUCUGAAAGGGGAGGGUUUGGCAGCAACAUGAACCGACAUCAAAGAAAAUCACGGCCGGUCAGCCAUAGAACAACGCCACAAGAAACACGACAUCACGUCUCACAAAAUUCAUGACAACAACAAACAAGUUUGAACAUCCAAGCUCCAUU